AUGGAGGUGUCAGAAGCCCUGGAAGCAGUGCAGGCAGAGAUCAAGUGUCCUAUCUGUGCUGGUAACAUCAGAAACCCUGUCACCACUCAUUGUGGGCACAACUUCUGCCGCUUCUGCCUCCAACAGAGCUGGAUGAAUCACGAGCACAGUUUACCUUGCCCUAUCUGCCAUCAUAAAUGCCAGGAGAGGAACUUAAUUCCCAACAACCUGCUGGGAAGGAUUAUUCACAUCACUAAGUGCUUCCACAGCAGCGGGAACGAGGUGAAGCUGAAGGAAGAGCACAUGUGUAAGAGGCAUAAUCAGGUGUUGAGCCUCUUCUGUGAGGAGAACCUGCAGUUGCUGUGUCCCCAGUGCACUCAGGCCCCUGACCACCAGGACCAUGACCUGAGGCCUGUGGAGGAGGCUGCCUCUCAUUACAGGCAAUGGUUAAGUGAGUGGAGUGAGACCUUGAAGAAGAACGUAGCAGAAGUGAAGGAACUUGAAGCCACGCAAGACAUCAAAGCCCAGGAAAUGAACAGAUUGAUGUACACCCGCAGACAGACAUUAGUCUCGAGUUUUGAGCACCUGGAUGAAGUUGUGAAAAGUGUGCAAUUGGAAACUCUCUUCAGAUUAGAGGAGAAACAGAGAGACAUUCUGCGAGAACUGAACAUAGACAUUACUGCCUUGAACAACUACAUUUCUACCCUCAAGGCUCUGAUCAAGGAGGUGACAGACAAGAGUGUGUCCUCAGAGCUGAAUGUGUUGAGGGAAGCCAGAAGGAUCUAUCACAUGUAUGAGAGCUUGGAGUUGCCAUCUUUCUGCUCUUUCAGGGUGAGGAACGAGAUCUACUACUUCCCCCCGCUGUACUCUACGCUGAACACUAUCAUGCAGAGGUUUAAAAAGUUUCCACUUCAUCUAGAAGUCCUGGGUUGUCAAGUCUUCAAGUGGGGCCGCCAUUACUGGGAGGUGCAAGUAGAGGACAAGUCUAGCUGGGCUGUGGGGGUGUGUACGCAGCGAAUGUCCACAUGUCAGAAAAUUCGACUGAAGGGUGGGAAGUACGAGGCAGUUCGUAAUGACAGUGUUUUUCUUUCCUUGAACGAAAAACCCAGAAGAAUUGGGAUUUACCUGGACUCUUUGCUGGGUCUGAUUUCCUUCUACAAUUUGAAUGACAGGUCCCAUAUCUAUUCUUUCCAUGAGAAAUUUAAUCGUCCAUUGAAACCUUAUUUCUGUGUAGGACGAGACCCCAGUCCUCUUAAAAUCUGUGGUCUAGAAAGCUCUGAUGAAUGA